AUGUAUGAUUCUUUAUGCACAGGUGAAGAGGAGAUGGAAGAUCUUCCCAAUGGCGCAUCCUGGUCGAAUCCUGCUCCGGUCAUGUCGGCUGUCUCAAAAGGCAAACAAAAGCAAACCUCCGGCAAUGAGGAUCCUUUUCCAAGUCGGGAGAGAGGUACUGCUCUCCCUCGCCCGGCUCCAACAAACCUGUCAAGAGACUGGGCGGUCUCGAGAACUAGGAAAAAUUUGAUCCCUGACUGCGAUGAUGACAAUGAUAGCGACUGGAAGAUGUCUGACAAUGAAUAUUCGCAAGAAGAUGAAGACUUAGGUUUGGAAGAAGAGAAUGACGAGCCUUUCGAACAAGAAAAAUCUUCUUCCUCAGCUUCAUCUCACAACCCAAUUGAAUCCAGCCGUUCAAUGGAAGAAGACUUGAUUGACAACACCCGAAAUGACAAACCAGAGGGUGCCCUGCAAGUAGAAUUGGAAGAAUUCUAG